AUGGCCUCUGCAGUUGACCAGUCCCAGGAGGACAAGAUCAAGGAUCUUCUAGAAGAUCUUGAUACAUACAGAUAUAUCUAUGAUGAUCUCCUGGAGACGCGGGGUGACUGUGAAGAAGCAGCUGAGCUUCGCGAGACCAUCAGAAAAAUGGAAGUACAGGUUGCCACCCUCCUUGGUGAUCCUGUUCCCACUCCUCAAGCCGCCUCGACACCGCAAGUGCCAUCGCUUCCUCCAGUAGUGGCACCUGAACCCGCCACUCCUCGCAUGCCGUCAAGUGGUUUCACUGGAAUUCCGGGCGUUUCGUUUGCAUCCCCUCAUUGGCCUUCUGCUGCGCCCUCACCUUUCACGAACGAAUCUCGCCAUCCGUCGCGGUAUACACAAUCACCAAUUCUACCCCCUCCAGAAAUUUCCCGUAAACGCGCGCGUCCAGUAUCUGGCCUCUCGCCCACGCUGCAGGGUUCAUCGAAAAGGAAUGCUCUUUCACAGCCAGGAUCUCGCAGAUCACAACUUGAUGUGAUAGAUGCUAACAGAGAAGCCCGCCUCGACGAGAAUGAUCGCUUGUAUAAGGGAUGGAUGGACGCCGCAGGUAGUGAUGCGACUCAGUUGAGGGAACUCCAAGAGGAACGCGAUGAACAGGCGAAGUUGAUUGAAACGGAGUUUCAAAUGGAGCGAGAUGCGGAAUUGGCUCGCGCCCUUCAGGCCGAUGAGGACCACGUUCGAUUCCCAGUCAAGAGCUCCAACAGUCGGGUUUCAUGGGAUCUGCCAGACCGCAGUCAACCGGUGAAACUCGAACCUGGCACAAAGACAGGUUUUGCCCCUCAAGCAUAUGCCCCAAUAGCCCCUUUCAACAAACUCACUCCGUUCUCAUCCGAUGAUGAUAUCCAAGAAAUCACAGCCGAUUCCUUCAAUGCCCGAAUCGGCAAGCAGCCACACGAGCAGUCCAAUUCUUUCGGAUAUCCUAGGCUGCCAUCUUUUCCUCAGCCAUUUUCCAAGUUGUCAUAUUCCUCACAGUCGCCUUAUCCUUCCCAGAUACCAUAUCCCUCCCAGUUGUCAUAUCCUUCUCAAAUGUCAUAUCCCUCCCAGCUAUCGAAGCCUCCGCUAUCGCAUCCUUUUCAACUGUCUCAUCCCUCCCAAAUGCCAUCUUCCCCUCCGAUACCUGGACCCCGACACCUUCCAUGGGUGGGCCAGUCUGGAUACCCUGCCGUGCCGGGUGCCUAUGACAAUUUCGAAAAGGCAUUCGAUCUAGUCCGCAACCAGCAAGAAAUUUGGGAUGACGACAUGGACAUAGAGGCCUACAACGAGAAAGAGUUCCCGGAAGACAUCAAGAACCUGCUCAACGGGAUCAAAGAUAUUCGGGAAGCCACCAAGGCGGAUAAUGACGAGACACCUAGGGCUCUGAGAGUGACAUUGAUGAAGCAUCAGAAAAUUGGCUUGAGAUGGAUGAAGGCCAAGGAAGAGAGCAGCCAUAAAGGAGGAAUUCUCGCAGAUGACAUGGGCCUUGGUAAGACCGUUCAAGCGAUUGCGCUUAUUGUCGCUCGUCCAUUCGAGGAUGAGGCACGGCGCCCAACUUUGAUUGUAGCGCCCAAAGCACUCAUGCACCAAUGGAGACUCGAAAUCCAGCGUCAUGUUAAACCAGGAAGGCAUCAAUUAUCAGUUUUGAUCUAUCAUCAACGGCGCACCCCCUGGAAGGAACUCAAAAAGUUCGACAUUAUCAUCACGACGUUUGGUACCCUUACUGCUCAUUACAAAACGUUACUUCAGGCUAUACAGUGGGAAGAGGAAGGUCGAGAUGCCUCGAUGGUUCAAGAACUCAAGAACAAGGCGGGCCCCCUCAAUCCUGCCGCCAAGUGGCACCGAGUCAUCGUCGACGAAGCACAAAACAUCAAAAACCCAGCGGCAAAAUCAGCAGAGGCCUGCUGUCGUCUCAAUUCCACAUACCGUUGGUGCCUAACCGGUACUCCCAUGAUGAAUCGCCUUGAGGAUUUCCAGUCACUGCUUGGAUUCUUGCGGAUUCGGCCAUACAGCAACGCAAGUAAAUUUAAGGCGGAUUUUGUGAGACGCAUCAAAUCGGGCUGGGGAGGAGAGGAUGUAAUGAAGCAAUUGCGAGUCCUAGUCAAGUCCGUCUGCCUUCGACGUACAAAAUCUUCUCAAAUUGAUGGCCAGCCAAUUCUGCAACUCCCAGCAAAGAUCACCGAGAAGAUUCAUGUUGUGUUCGACGAGAGGGAAAGUCAGGUUUAUGACGAGCUUAACGCGAAAACCCAGUCACAGAUCAACCGAUACCUCGACGCUGGCACGUUGGGAAGAAACUACAGCCAUGUUCUGGUUCUCCUUCUCCGUCUCCGGCAGGCAUGCUGUCAUCCUCUCCUCAUGCAAGCAUUCCGAAGCACACCUCUUCCAUCUGCCCCAGGAUUGGAUAAGAUUGCCAACGCUAAGCUACUAAGCGCUGCUGUAGUACAGCGGAUCAAAUCAAAUGACGACGAGGAGGAUGGCACCUGCCCUGUUUGUAUGGACAGUGUCGAAAACGCGACCAUUUACAUUCCCUGUGGACACCAUGUGUGCUCGGAAUGCUGGAUUCGCAUUUCCGAUUCUGCCAAUGCGAACGGUGCCAUCAACCUCGACGAUGAUGGCGCAAUUUUGAUAAAGUGCCAGAAUUGCCGAGGUCCCGUAGAUCCAACAAAGCUCACUGACACUAAUGCGUUCAAACAAGUUCACGAUUCAGACUCAAUUCCCACUUCUACUGAUGGAGCCGGAGACGCUGAUGCCAAUGACGCGGAUGAUCCAGAGGCAACAGCGAGCAGUGAAGAAGAUGAAUCUGAUAGCUUUAGUGAAGAUGAAAACGGCCGAAAACAAAAGAGAUCCCUAGCCCAGCUCCGAGCGGAUUCUUUAAAGAACAAGGCCGAGAAGAAGAAAUACCGUCGCCGUCUCGAGAAAUCAUGGUUCCCCAGCGCAAAGAUCACCAAGACGCUGGAAAUCCUCCAACAAAAUGAAGAUCGCGGCGAAGACGAGAAAACCAUCAUUUUCAGCCAGUUCACCUCCAUCUUGGAUCUGCUCGAAGUCCCAAUCUCCCGCAAUGGAUGGAACCACACUCGCUUCGAUGGUAGCAUGAACUUGAAGGAACGCAACGCCGCAGUGACAGCUUUCACCAACGACCCGUCUUGCAAAAUCAUGCUCGUCUCCCUCAAGGCCGGCAACUCCGGCCUGAACCUCGUUGCUGCCUCGCAUGUGAUCAUGUUCGAUCCUUUCUGGAACCCGUACAUCGAGGACCAGGCUGUUGACCGCGCCCACCGCAUCGGACAGGUUAAAGAAGUCUUUGUCCACCGUUUGCUUAUUGAGAAUACUGUCGAGGAUCGCAUUGUCACCCUCCAGGACCAGAAACGCGAGCUCAUUAGUGGCGCUCUCGACGAGGGUGGUACUAUGAAUGUUUCUCGGUUGGAUGCUAGGGAGCUUGCUUAUCUCUUUGGUGUGCGGGACUUGUAA